GAUACAUUACAAGGAGAGAUGUUGCUCAAAGUCAUCCUCAGCAGAUUCUAUAUUGUACUACGGACCAGAUGAGUUUCUGCCUUGACCAAGACACAACAACUCUUUGUGGUUAAGGGCCAGAAUAAGCCACAGAUCAAGAUAAUCUGCUCCUAAACACAGUCUGAGCUUAAUGUCGACAGCUCCAGACACAUUACCCAGUCUGCAUCUGAGUGUGUGGAGCAGGUGGCUGUGUGCCAGCAGAAGGCAAACCUACCUUCUCUAAAGGGGCUGUUGUCAUUGUUGGAGGGCCCACUCUCUCUCUGGCCCAUCCGACACCCCGCGUGCCCCAGCAUGACCACACUGCCUGCGCUGUCUAUAUUUACGCCCCUGACACUGGCAGCAAGGAUGCUGAAAAACUUGAACUUCAGUCAGCCAUUGUCUGUCCUUUAUAAUGAGGGAAACAAAGGCAUGAAAACAAAGAUCAUGUGCCGGCCACAUGGACGCCGCGAUGACAUCACCCCGAGGCGACACAACAACACCAUGCUAAGAGGGCUCCAUUCACAACUGCUGUUUAGCCGGUGCUAAAUAACGCCCGUGCAAGUUAAAUAGAGGGUGUCUCAGCAGCGUGAGCUGUCCACAAACACACACAACCACUGCAUUCAUUCAUUUAAGUGCAAAGACAUUGCAAAGCAUCUCGUACGGCUAGUUAUUACAGUGGUGCAUCCAUGACAUGAAAUAUAGCAGCGGGGGAAAAGCAGAUUAAGGAGGGUGAGCUCCCCGGGCCAGAUUUAGAAGGAAGGAGAAGUGAGAAUUUGAGGUGUUUGCAGAGGGAUGUGCUGCCUCAUAUGACCGACAAGGCAGGAUUAUUGCUAGGUACGGCUGCAGCUUGUGAGGACAUGCAUUCACCCCUUUUCUUAAAGCGCAGACACACAUACGCACACGCACAUCGAUUUGAAAUACAAGCACCCCUCCCCCCACAUGUGUCGUCUUUGCCCCUUUGUAAUCCACUGUACAGGCAGAAACACACACCUCUCCUAUGCUCCCCCCCCCACUGGGUCUCUUUUGGGGGGCAACUACACAGCAGCAUGUGACAUCACCUCUGAGCUGCACCGGUUACCAAGGUGACAGGAUUUUUUUAACUACAUAGGAAUAGAACCAAAAUGCGUGCACCAGCGAGGUUUGCUAUGUCCUUGACUUGAUGGCACCAGGUUAGAAAUGUGUCUCUGUCUUUAAAUUUGAAUCAUACAGAGAAACGCAAUUCUCAGGAGGUCUGUUUUUCACUGCAGCUCAACCCACGUGCUGUCCGUCAGUCAUUUUCUUUAGGCGUCCCCUGCAUGUGCUGCAGUGCUGCAGUAUUCUGCAACAAUUAGUCACACAGUGUCGCCCCGGCUGCAGCUUCGGCAAAUAAAGACCGGUGCACAAAAUGAACAGAGUCAGGCAGUUUUGAAGAGGCGAAAUAAUUAAAGGGUGGGUGUGCAUGCGUGAUAGACAGAUAAGGAUGGAGAGGAGAGGCUUAAAAGACAGACAGGAAGAGUCGAGUCAAGUGUCUGCCGGCUGCAUUUACAGAAUAGCUCUUAUCAGAUUUGGGCGGCCGCAAAAAGUCAGACAGGGUGAGGCAGCGGAGCAGAUGAGGGAGAGAGAGAGAGCACACAUUAGUGAACAUAUCAUGGACUGUUUUAGAAGUGGAGAGACAGCCAGACAUCCCAUGAGUCGCGUCGUGCUCAUUUUUUCGAGCCGGAGCUUGUGAUCACUCGUCACCGCAGCUCCACCAAGGCGCAGGAAGCAAGGAGGAUCCUCAAAACACCACAGAGCUGCCUUAAAAAAAUCCCAGCUCUGGGUAAGGAGAGAGAGAGAGAGAGAGAGAGGACAGACAUGCACAGGUGCCGCUAGAGAGAGAGAGAGAGAGAGAGAGCGAGAGAGAGGGAAAGAGAGGGAGAGAGAGAGAGAGGAAGAAGGAGGGGGGAGUUGAGGGGAGGCGUAGGAGGAGACUUGACUUGAAUAGGAGCCGGAGUGCAAUUCCAAAACAGCUGUCCGGCAGACGUCCCAGUCGACAGAAGUGCAGCCCCGAGGCAGAGCAGUGUCAAGAUGCCACAGGAGCAGAACAGCAGCCACUGAACACACACACACACACCCACUGACACACACACACAUCAACCUGAGGCUGCAGCAUUCAGGAGAGCACCAGCGAUACCUGGGAAGGAUCAAGAUCUCUUCAGAAUAUCUGAGGACAGUUGCCAUUCGACCUUUCAACAACGCCGGACGUCUACAGUCCUGCUUGGAAUCCCAUUUCCUGAUCGAUGCUGCAAUUGCUGAGAUUAUUUUUGGAGUCCUGCAUGACUGGUUACUGAGAAUGUAACUGGAGCUCUUCCCCAGGGGAACUGUAACGUCCAGAACUUAUAAAGCACUUCCGACUUUUCUAUCCUGCACAUCUGAGAUCUCUUCAGUUACAGCCAUGCCAGCGAAAGCACCAAUAUACCUGAAGCCAAACAACAGCAAGAAGGGAAAGAAAUGUCGCCUCAGAGAUAUUUUGUCCCCAGACAUGAUCAGUCCACCGCUUGGGGACUUCCGCCACACCAUCCACAUUGGCAAGGGUGGAGAGAGAGAUGCCUUCGGUGACAUGUCAUUCCUCCAGGGGAAGUAUGAACUGCUACCUGGGAAGGGAGAGGUCCACCCUCAGUAUGGUGCCCAAAGUGAGUUUCUCAGAGCUAACAGCACUGGUGAUGCUUCCUUUGCCGAAACACCCUCUCCGGUGCUAAAGAACGCCAUCUCUCUCCCAACUAUUGGUGGCUGCCAGGCACUUACCCUUCCUAUGAUCUCCUCCACUGUGUUCUCCAUGCCCCCAGAGCCACUGGAGGACAUCAUUGGACCUACAGCUACCAUGAAACCUGACAGCACAGAGGAGGUAGAGAUCCUGCAGAUGGACGCUCUGUUGCGCUCCAUGGACGUCUUCGGCAGCGAGCCUUCGUCUCCCUCUGCAGAUAUCCAGUUGAAGCCUGACGUCCUCUUGGAUCUGCUGGAAAACACAGACAAGUCCACCGCCAAGGCAGUUGCCAAAGCCAACAAAAUAAACAAGAGUGACACCAGAUUUGAAAAGCCAUCGUCCUAUUACAUCACCGGUCACAGCAACAGCACCUUCAAAGCUAACGGAAGCCUGAACAGCAACACAAGCACCGACAGCUUUGACAGCUUCACUGGCAAAGGGGACUACCAAAACAAGAUCUACAAUGGCAGCAGGAGUCUCAACGGGAACGGCAACUGCAAUGGUUACGGACACUUUAACAAUGACAUUACCAUGGGCUUCAAGCAGGAGCUCUCAAAGUGCAAUGGUGAGUGGGUGGACAGAGACAGUGGUGUGGAGGAGGGCCGCAUCUGUGAUUUUGAGUUUGAGUUUUCCAAGGAGAAGAGCACAUCGCAGGAUUCCCUCGCCCAGAUCACGGGGUCAUUCCUCUCCCUCGAACUCGAUCUGGGCCCAUCCAUCCUGGACGAUGUGCUCAACAUAAUGGAUAAACCCGCAGCGAAGAGCAGGCCUUGAGCUGCGCCGAGGCCCCAGGAGGAGAAAGGGAAUUAUUAAACUAUAGCCAUGAGGAGAGAAAGACUCACAAAGCAAUCAAAAUGGUGUCUGGAUAUAUCAUUGAGAUGAGAAUGAGCUACAAUAGAGAGAGCUGCUUAUGUUUUUAUUGUCAAAACAUAUAACUAUUCUAGCUUCUAUGGAGUGUUGAUUCUUCUUCUUCUUCUUCUUUCUUUUUGUUUGCCAUGCCAGCCGCAUGUUUAUGAUGCAUGUAUUAUUGAGUUACAGUUAAAACAUGGCCAUCGCGCCUUUGACUGUGAAAACGCCACAUGGUAGAUUUGUGCUCUUAAGUCGACUUCCACGGUGUACACACGAUAACUUUGCGGCCCUUUGCUUUUUUACACAGUCUUGAACAUUUUUGCAUUUUGUGACUUUAAGUGUGUUUAACAAGGCAUUAUUUUGAUUGUCACAUGAUUCAUUUGCCACAUGACAGAACACUAUGCAUAUUUGUGUUUUUAAAGAUUUAACACAAAUAAAUCAAUUUUGUCCUA